AUGGAGUUAGAAUUAUCCAGUGGAGAUAAAACAACUACUGAUAAAGGAACCUCCAAAGCAGAAUUAGAAAAAACAGCUUCUAAGAAAGAAAUACUAACUUUAAAAGAAUUUAGCAAGGCAUUAAAGAAAGAAAGUGUUAAAUCUACCACUGACCCUAAACUAUCUAAAGAAGAAAAGGAAAUGGCAGAUUACUUUUUAAAAAUGGUUGAGAGUAGUGAAGAAGCAGCAAAAAAAUCUUUUGAGGAGAAAUAUGGCAAAGCCGAAUUAAAUGCUUUGCUAAAUGCUACCAAAGCAGCAGUAAAAAGAAUAGGUCCCAGUCAAAACCUACCAAAAAGAAUCGGUGAUGACCUUCUUUCCGCAGUCAGUAAGGGUCGAGAUUUAUCAUCAGUUUUCUCCUCAUUCUUUGACAAUGCAAUAAACAAAAAUAAUCAACUUGAAGAUAAUCUUAACCUAGAAGGUUCUUUGUCUUUCAAAGGAUUUAUUAAUUUAGAAGAAUUGGACAUCAGUAACCAAAAAAUUACUGCCUUGGACAUAGCUGAUUGUUCGCAACUCCGUGAUUUGAAUUGCUCUAAUAAUCAACUCACCAAUUUAGACUUAGCGAAUAACCAGCAAAUUGAGCAAAUUAAUUUUUCAAGCAAUCAAUUAACCAACUUAAACCUUAAAGGCUUAACCAAAAUUGAAAAAAUCUUUUGUUCCGGCAAUAAAUUAGCAAAUUUAGAGUUUUUAAAAGAUAUAGACCCGACCAAAGUGCUUACUCUCCGCAUGGACAAUAAUAACUUUCCUGCCCAGGAUUUAAGUUGCUUUACUCCUUUCACUAAAUUACAAAGACUAUUCAUUACUAACAAUCCUUUCUAUGGUUCUUUAAAGCCAUUAAGAAAUUUAACCGAAAUAAAGGAAAUAGGUAUCACUGGCACCAAUGUUAAUAGCGGUUUAGAGAAUUUACAUGAGGAUUUUUUUAAAGUCAAUGCCGUCAAUAAUGCUGCUUCUAGCUUGGGUCUAACCGGAGGCUAUUUUAAAAGGAUAAUUCAAUGCUCAGAGAAAUUAGCUGAACAAUUAAAAGAUUACGAAGAAAAAAACAUCGAGUCCCUUGCAUUAAAUAAAGACCACCCAGCCGCCGAAAUUUAUAAUCAUCCUUAUAGUCCUAAUACCCCUCCUUUAAUCAAAGGUUAUGAGAAUAUCAGUAAAAGAAAAAUAAAACUAUCUCCCAAUAUUGAUAACCUUGACAACUAUCUCAAACCUUACGACAUUGUCAAAAGAAAAAUGUCAAUUCCUGAAGAUUUUUUAAAGGGAGAAACGGAAAUUGAAAUUGAACAUCCUUUUAUACCUUUCAAAAGACUAGAAUUGAUUGAGAAACAAAUUGAUAUAGCGAUUAAGGCUAAAUAUGGCGAAAAACAAUACCACUUAUUGAAAAACAAUUGCGAACACUUUGCCAAAAUGUGUGUUUAUGGUUUAGGUAUUUCUCAACAAAGUAAAAUGGCUAAUGCUAUUAGCAAGGAUUCAGCUUAUUUAUUAAAAGCUAUCCAAGAAACUAAUGAUUUUUUUGAGAAACUUCAAGAAAAAGAAAUCUUGGAGAAAAAUAGUCAAGAGGACCUGCAAAAAAAUUUAACUGCUUUCAAUAAUCAACCAAAGAGAGUUAAUGCUUCUCCUGAACAGCAAAAUUGA